UCUUUCUCGUUUCUUUAGCUGAUUUGAUUGAUCGCCGGGAAAUCUUAGCCGUCCGAUCAACAAUCGUAUACUCCCGAGAAGAUCUCUUCUAUCAGUCCCAAUGGUCUGAGUUUCACCACCUCCUCCUCAGAUCUCCGGUAACACUCUCCGGUAUCAUUUCUAAGGCCACAAGUUCAUUUAUCCGCGGGAUUACAAAACUGAUGAGCCCGUGCUUGAUCCAAGAGAGGCAUAGAGUGGAGUCUACCUCUGAUAUCUGAAGAUUCGAAUCUGAAUACUCAGGGUUCUAAUUCGUCCUUCGUUCAAUUCUGAGCUCUUUAGCUUAGAUUUUCUCUGCUCGUCAGCCAUGUUUAAGAAAAUCAUGAAAGGUGGGCAUCGAAAGCCCUCUAAAUCCGAAGCUAAUGAACCUUCUAAUUAUGGUAUUGGUCAUCCGGGUAGGCCAGGUUCUGGGUCCAAUGUGGUUGUUAGUCACGCGUCUCGUGGUGCAUUGGUUAAUUCGUCUCCGUCGCCUGGGGCGGCUACUCCACCACCUCCGCCUACGGGCUCGGUGGAGCCACUCCCCUUGUUCAGAGAUGUGCCUGUUUCAGAGAGGCAAUCCUUGUUCUUGAGGAAACUUCAGCAUUGCUGUUUCCUGUUCGAUUUCACUGACACGAUUAAGAACGCCAGAGAGAAGGAGAUUAAGAGGCAAACGUUGUUGGAGUUGGUUGAUUUUAUACAGUCUGGAUCUAGUAAGAUCUCAGAGUCGUGUCAGGAAGAAAUGAUUAAGAUGAUUUCUGUUAAUAUUUUCCGGUGUCUCCCUCCAGCUUCACAUGAGAAUACUGGCCAAGAACCUGCAGAUCCUGAGGAAGAGGAACCUUAUUUGGAACCUUCUUGGCCUCAUUUGCAGCUAGUGUACGAAUUGCUACUCAGAUAUGUCGUUUCUACUGACACGGAUACAAAGGUGGCUAAACGGUAUAUCGACCAUUCUUUUGUGUUGAAGUUCUUGAAAACCAUUCUUCAUAGGAUAUAUGGGAAGUUUAUGGUUCACAGGCCUUUUAUUAGGAAAGCAAUCAACAACAUAUUCUAUAGGUUUAUUUAUGUGACAGAGAGACACAGUGGGAUUGGGGAACUCUUGGAGAUUUUAGGUAGUAUCAUAAACGGGUUUGCGUUGCCUAUGAAGGAGGAGCACAAGCUAUUCUUAAUCAGGGUGCUGAUUCCAUUGCAUAAGCCAAAACCAAUUGUUGUAUAUCAUCAGCAGUUAUCUUAUUGCAUCGUUCAGUUUGUGGAAAAAGAUUAUAAACUGGCGGAUACAGUAAUCAGGGGAUUGUUAAAGUAUUGGCCCGUGACAAACUGCGCAAAGGAGAAUCUCUUCCUUGGAGAACUUGAAGAAGUUCUUGAGGCAACACAGCCUGUCGAGUUCCAGCGUUGCAUGGUUCCGUUAUUCCAACAGAUUGGUCGCUGCCUCACGAGCUCUCACUUUCAGCUCUCACUUUCAGAACGGGCGCUGUUCUUGUGGAACAAUGAGCACAUCGUGGGUCUAAUCGCGCAGAACCGAAGCGUGAUCCUUCUAAUCAUAUAUCCUGCACUGGAGAAGAACAUCCAGUCUCACUGGAACCAAGCAGUUCAUGGCCUAACCGCAAAUAUCAAGAAAAUGUUCAUGGAAAUGGAUCAUGAACUCUUUGAAGAGUGCCAGAGACAGUAUGAAGAGAAACAAGCGAAAUCUAAAGAAGUGGAAGAACAACAGCAAUAUACAUGGAAGAGAUUAGCAGAAGCAGCGGUGGAGCGAGACGGAGGAGGAGAAGAAGAUCAUAUGAUCACUUCCUAGAUCGAUCAAAAGGACAAUUUGAAUGGGAGAGUCGAUGAGCCUCUUGAGGAUAAUGACUCGGCACUUCACUUGGCGUGUCUGUAUGGCCACCUACCUUGUGU